UAGCUUAGCUUAGCGUAGCUAAACGUGCAGCGUUCAUUUUAAUGCCCGGCCCGCCACCACAAUCACGGCCGUCACAUUUGAAAAAUAAGGUCUCUCCUUAGCUUUCACACCCUAGGUUAUUAACAAACAAACCUGUGCAAACAAGUGCAGAGCACGUAUCUACAGCAAAAAGAUCGCAACGCGAUAACGAUGCAUUAAAACCAGCUACGCGUCCUGUGGGUGUUGGCCAUUGGGGAGGCUGGCGGGAUUGAUAAGUAAGUAUUAUGGUUAAAAAAAAAAAAACGGCUGUGGCAAGAACCAGAGACCGAAACUGGCCAGUAGAUAGUACAACAGAAACCUGGGAGCUCAUUGUCCGGAGAAAUCAUUCGAAAAUGUGGCCGUCGGUGAUGAGCCUAGCCGUGCUAUCCAGCCUUUACGGCUCUGUUCAUUCAAUUACUGUCUCUGUUCCCGAUAAGUUUGUGAAUGAGACCUCUGGGGCUAGUGUGUUGUUGGGCUGCUCUUUUCUGACCUCGGCGCCAACCACCGGCCUGAACAUUCAGUGGUCUUUCAUCUCCAAAAACACCAUGACAUCAAAACAGAUUUACUAUUACCAGGGAGGAGAAGAAAUCGUAUAUCCGGAUUACAAGGGUCGAGUGAUCGUGCCUCCUUCUCCAAUCACCACGAACGCCUCCAUAAGCAUUCAAGGAGUGACUCCCGCCGAUUCUGGAGUUUACUUCUGCGACGUUCACAACGUGCCGGACGUCCAGGGCACCACGCAGGGCACUAUUACUCUCAAUGUUUUAGAAAAACCAUCCAAGCCAUUCUGCGGCCUCCACGGCACCGUGGAGUCGGGUCACUUGGUCACCCUCACCUGCCACUCAGAGCACGGGAGCCCGGCCCCGACCUACAAGUGGACUAAGUUGGAACAGGGGCAAGCCGUGAGCACGCGCGCCGUGACGAAUCUCCAGACAGGAGUUCUUCAUUUUGGGAACCUGUCGCAGUUUGAAUUCGGACAGUAUAAGUGCAACGCCUCCAACAGCGUUGGCUUUGCGACCUGCACUAUUACUUUAGACGAAGAGCGUAGUGAUGGCACUAUCGCCGGGGCAGUGGUCGGGUCGGUGCUUGUGGCCUGCCUCAUCGUCUUUGUUGUCUGGUGUGUCGUACAUUCACUGAGGAAGAAGAAGCACAAAGCAAGCAUUGAGAUGGAGUCUAAAGCGCGGAAUGCCAGCCCAGCCAAUUCUUAUAUCGCCGUACCGCCUGUGGAGAGCAACAGUCAGGCUUCCACAAAGGAGAUUUCCAGCCAGAUGAAGGAGGAGGAACCUGUGGCUUAGGAACAGUCCUGUAGAUUGGGGUCCGGGUGUUUUCCAAAGAAACAGUGCUAUUUCGUACCAGAUGUGUAACAUAGACCAUUCCAGCCGACACUACUGAACAUAUAUCUGCCUUUUGCUGAUGCUUGCAAAUGGUUUUAGUUUAGAUAUGUUUUUAGAAACAGCUCAGAGUGUUAUAAUUAACCAAUCAGUUUGUGUGAUUUUGUUUUGCACUUUUUGAGUCUCCAAGAGAAGUUGUUGAUUUAUUUUUUAAAGUUUUUUUUUUUAAAUAAUCAAAUCACAUAAAAACACACAAAAAUUGUCUACAGAAUGAAAUCCAUAAACAAACUAAGAAUUACGUUGUGUAGACACUCCACAUAUGACACUAAAUUGCUUGAAGCUUGAUUGCAAUUUUAUCAUGUGUUUUUACCCCUUUAUUUAGAUUUAUUUGUUACAAAAUAAAUUCUGUGACGUCACGUUAUCACAGUAUUGAUCAUCA